AUGUCCACUGAACUGGUUCUCCCAGCAUUACUAUUGGCUGCAGCUAUACUUGUUAGCGUGACACCCACGCCACUGGACGACUAUGUCAGACAGCCAGACAGCCACUAUAGCUACUCUUUCAUCUCGUCCAUCCAGGGUCCGAACUUCGAGGUCUACAUCCUCAACAUGACGUCACAAAAAUGGCUGACUGAGGCCGUCACGACGAAGCCAAUAUGGUGGCACUACGUCAGUGUGAUCGUGCCGUUGUCGCUGAAGUUCAAGGACACAGCGUUUCUAUUUAUAGAUGGUGGGGAUAAUACCGACAAACUUCCAAGCAUGGAAGACCAGAGUUUGUCUGGCUUUACUGCCAUGUCAGUCAGCACUGGAGCUGUUUGUGCCGUCAUCGGGCAAAUACCCAACCAACCAACAGUUUUCCUGGCAAGUUGUCGCCCUUUUUCUUUGUUAGUUCCCUUGUUAUUUCAUGGAGAGAAAAUGAACAACACUGAAAUAGUACCAUUCGACACAGAACCAUACGAGAUAGAACCAUACGCCACAUAUAAUCUUAUUAUCUCCAUCGCACACAUAUGA